UGUUGGAUUGAGACGCCUGGCUUCGUGUUGGUGCUGCACGAUCACAACAUCGAGCAGAGAUGGCAGCCCUGACAUCACCGCUGCGAGUCUGUCGGGGAAUACUGAAAGAAUUACGUACCAUUCAAGGACCAAGUUACAGACAGUCAUUGGCUUACGCUUAUGUUAUGGACCAGUAUCGCAAGAAUAAGGUAACGGGAGAAAGGUACUGCCGUGCCCAGCAGGAGGCGCACCACGCCUCGCACACAUACCUGUGUUUGCUGGCGUCCACCAGGAACCACUUGGCCCUGCACAACCUCUACCACGGCAAGGGAGAGCGCCGCCCGGAAGAAGUGGCAGGCCUGGUGGGGCUCAGGUUGCCCACACAGCCAGGAGGCAAAGGCUGGGAGAAGUGAGGACGUCCUGCAAGCGGAAGAAAAUCUAAAGACUCUUCAGAAAGUGUUGCGUGCAGCUGAAUCAUCCGGCCCCAUACAACUGACCUAAUGUAAAUUAAAGGUAUAAAUAUGUGACAGGAGUCUGGCAGGCUGGAGAUUAUGCAAAUAUGGACUGCUUUGAGGGAACUCAACUUAUUCUUGUUUUGUUGUUUUACCCAUGUUCAAGGGCAGGAAGCACAAGUGUACUGUGAAACUGUAAGCUGCAGCUUGUCCACACAGCUUUUGUUUGUGUCUCUUUACUGCUUGAAAGCAUCAAUCUAAAGGACUGUAAGUACAUUUUUCAUGAAGACGGAUGUAUUUCUCUCAUUAAAAUAUAAAUCACUGUUA